AUGAAGGAGGGAUCGUGGGGGAAGCACGGCUGUACCAGCAACGGCAGCAGUGUUUCUUCAGUGAUGCGGCCUGCCGAUGAUGGUCUGUUGGCGCCGCUGUGUGGAGUCGUUGAAGGCCACUUCGCGGCACUUUUAAAGCGGACAGUGGAGGAAGAUGGGAAUCUGCACGGCACCACCACAGCGAGCAAAACGGCCUGCGAGGAACUGGCGACGUUGUUAAGCGGCAGUCAUGGUGGUGUUGUGGAUGUUGCGGCAGAAGAGGAAACGGGGCGAGGGCGGGGUUCCUCCAGAAGUGACCACACUGGUGGUGUUGUUGUGGACAGACUGCUGCGUGACGCGGCGGCAUUUCCUUCCUCGUUCUUCUACGUCCAUACACAACUGCCGUCGUCUGCAGUGUACCUGAAGCGGGUCGCCGCGGUCGCUGCCGAUGUACAGGCGCUCUCGCCCCUGAAUGAAGGCCGGCGACAGCAUCAGCAACAACAGCACCAGGGCGGUGGGCAGGUACCUGUGGUGGCGCAGCUGGCUGGCGGUUUGGAGCCAGCCGUGCACUUUGCUGUGGGAUCGCCAUUGAUUGUGCGCUGUGGCAAGAAUGCAGAAGAAUCUGUCAAGAACGGGGGCGUUUCUGCCGAGCUGCUGCCGUUUGGGCACAUACAGUGUCUGCUGAGGGUCCGCACAAAAGGCAGUGGUUCGGGGGGUGUUGCAACGGCAUCUGCGGCGUGUGUUCAGUCCUCGCAGCCGCAAUACGAGUCUUGCUCCCACAAUGCUCCAUUGCGUGGCAACGAUACCGGAGGUGAUGGGAGCAAGCGGAGAAGCAGCAGCGGCGAUUCAGAUGGCGCUUCUGACGCUCGUCGCCCCCGUACUCCCAGUGGCAUUGUGGAGCCAUGGAAAUUAGGCGUGAGUCUAGACCCCAAAGUGCCCUUCUACGUGCGGACCAUGACAGAAAGACGGCCUGCUGCAACAGCAGCAGCUAGUCGUGUUCACACCGCCGAGAGUGGCGGUACACCGCCCACCCAUCCCCGUUCUGGCCAACAACUGGGAAGGAGGGACUGUGAGACGUACCUCCUCCCACAGCGCGAGCUGCUCUUCGCUUUUCACGCACCUAAAGAUGUGGUGGCGAUGUGUGCUGCGCAGAAUAAAGAGCGGAUGCGGCGGCAGGCCGUGUUGGGGUACAGCAGUCCUACACACGCUUUUGCUGAGGGACCUCGCACAGCAAGGCGCCUGCUGGAGGGGGCGUAUUGCAACAAUACAGCAGCAGAAGAGGCGGCGGGGUCUGCAGUGGUGGGAAGAGAAGAGGGAAGGGGAAAUGAAGGCGGCAAUGAUGAUGCACAGCGGCGGAGUGAUCCCAUCGUGUAUGAGGUUCGAGCACUCCCAGGCGAUGUGGUGUACGUGCCACGGGGGUGGACGUACACGGUGGAGCGCAUUAUUGGCACAGCUGUUAUGCACGCCGCCGCCACCUCCUCUCCCUCACUGGGCACGGUGUCGCAGGAGAGAAGGAUGCACGAUGACGUGCCGUAUGGUGCGCUGAAGGCGGCCUUUUUGAACAAUGGAACAGGCGCACGGAGGCCAUUGGAGGCGGUAGGGUGCGAAGAACAGAGCGACAAAGUCAUUACUUCCCCAGAUGCUGCUGCUGCUGCUGCAUCUACAAACGGAACAGGAGGAGGAGUGGCACAAAGCAAGGCCACAAAUACAGCCGAGGUCACCGACGUUGAGGUGGAUGCCUUUGUGUUGUGUUACAAGCCGUACCCGCUGCUAUCUGAGCAGCAGGCUGCUGUAUACAUAUCGGCCAACUACGUGCGCAGUGGCAUCGAGGAAUUUUACGCCAAUGGAGGGAAUAACGUGUUUCAGAGAUACAAGUGA